AUGUCUUCUACAACCAAGUCUCUUUACUUCAAGAAGGUCCCAUCGGGAUACCCAGUCCCUGGAGAACAUCUGGUUGUCGAAAAUGUCCCCUUUGACCCAGAAGCCCCGGCGCCAGACGGUGGCCUGACGCUUGAAUGCCUCUACACCAGCUUUGACCCGUACAUGCGUGGCCGCAUGCGACCUGCGCACGUCAAGUCCUACUCUCCCGCAUACGGACUCAACGAGCCCAUCCCCAGUGCCACGAUCGCAAAGGUCCUCAAGUCACGGAAUGACAAGUACAAAGUCGGCGAUAUCGUCAUCGGCCUGCUGCCCAUUCAGAAGAACGUCGUCCUCCCGGAGGCACAGCUCAAGUUCAUCGGCCCCCUCAAAAACCCAGAGGGCCUCACAGAUCUUCGUGUCUUCCUUGGUCCGCUCGGAAUGCCCGGUUUGACCGCAUACGCCUCUCUGUAUGAAAUCGGCAAACCAAAGAAGGGUGACACCAUCCUCAUCUCCUCCGCAGCCGGUGCAGUAGGCCAGGUAGUCGGCCAGAUAGCCAAGCACGAAGGCCUGACUGUCAUCGGCAGUGUUGGCAGCGACGAGAAGCUGGAAUAUAUCCUAAAGGACCUCGGGUUUGACUCCGGAUUCAACUACAAGAAGGAAAAACCAGCCGACGCCCUCAAGAGACUUGCACCCAAGGGUAUCGACAUCUACUUUGAGAACGUUGGCGGAGACCACUUCGAAGCCGCACUCGAGCACAUGAACGAUUUCGGCCGCAUUGUUGCCUGUGGUAUGAUCUCCCAGUACAAUCUGCCCAUCAAGGACAGGUAUCCGAUCAAAAACCUAUACCACUUCAUUUCCAAGCGCCUGACAAUGAGAGGGUUCAUCGUCAACGAUCCCGGUAUGGGGGACAGGUGGACAAAGGAGCACCUCGAGCGUGUCUCCAAAUGGAUCAAGGACGGCUCUUUCAAGCCCCUGAUCGCAGAAACAGAGGGAAUCGACAACGCUCCCGAGGGUCUAGUGGGUAUGUUCCAUGGAAAGAACCUGGGCAAAGCCGUCUUGAAGCUCUAG